AUGAACUACGGAUCUGACCACUAUACCUCGUCGUCCUACCGAAAGGUCUUCGGGGACGCUCCUCGUUUCUCACCCUCAACCUCUCGUAUGAGCAGUCCCUCCGCCUCCUCCCGCAGUUCUGUGUCCUCCAGCAGUUACAGGUCUGCGGUGUCUCUCCCCCGCAGCAGCUACUACAGAAGGACCGGUCAGUCUUCUUCCUUUUCGCCGGUGCCAGGCGACAGCCUCGACUUGACUCAAUCCUCCGUCCUCAGCACUGAGUUGAAAGUCACCCGAACCAAUGAGAAAGAACAGCUACAGGGUCUCAAUGACCGCUUCGCGAUGUUCAUCGAGAAAGUGCGUACCCUGGAGCAGCAGAACAAAGUCUUGGAGACGGAGCUGGUGACCCUGCGCCAGAGACAGCACGAGCCAUCUCGCAUCGCGGACCUAUACCAGCAGGAGAUGCGCGAGCUUCGCGCGCAAGUGGAGGAGAUCGGCAGCGAGAAAGCGCACAUUCUCAUCGAUAGGGACAACUUAGAAGAAGACCUGCAUAAGCUUCGGGCCAAAUAUGAGGAGGAGAUAAGGGCGCGCGAGGAGGCUGAGCAGACCCUGCGGUCGUUCAAAAAGGACGUGGAUGACGCCACCAUGGCUCGGCUGGAUCUAGAGCGCAAGGUGGAGGGCCUCCUGGAUGAGAUAUCCUUCCUGAGGAAGGUCCACGACGAGGAGGUGGCCGAACUGAGCGGUAUGGUCCAGGCAGCUCAUGUGUCAGUCGACGUGGAGCUGGCCAAACCCGACCUCACCUCGGCUCUGAAAGAAAUCCGCAAUCAGUACGAGACUCUGGCUUCUAAGAACCUGCACUCCGCGGAAGAGUGGUAUAAAUCCAAGUUUGCCAAUCUCAAUGAGCAGGCCACCAGGAGUAAUGAGGCCAUGCGGGCCAGCAGGGAGGAGAUCAACGAAUUCAGGAGACAACUGCAGUCCAAGACAAUUGAGGUGGAGACCCUGCGUGGUACCAACGAGUCUUUGGAACGGCAGAUUCGAGAGAUAGAAGAUGGACACAAUCUUGAAAUCGCAGGUUUUCAGGUAAAAUAAGUUUGUUUGCACUUUGACUGCUCUCUCUCUCACACAUACACGCACCCCCCAUUGCACAGGUGCGCCUGUGUUGGGGAAGUGAGAACAUCAUGCCUAUGCAUGAUGGAGAAGUAAGAUUACGCACGCAAAUUAUUUGUAGAAUAAACACGUCAAUGCAUAAUUUCUAUUGCAAUUGGUAGCCGUCUUUGCAUCUUAAAACAUUGUUAUUAUUUUGAGACUGUUGCAUGUUCUGGGAUGAGACACUGAUAUCUGGACCUCAACCUUCCCUGUCCAUGGUUCUGAAAUGCUCUUAACUUGAAACUGCACGAAGAGGCAGGAUCGCCUCUUCAUGAUCCAGCCUCUGCUAUCUGCUAGGAUUUAUAGCAGAUAGCAGCAAGGGUAACCUUCUGCUUGAAUCAUCACAGCUGUAUGUUGUAUCCUAUCCAGCUGAGAAACUCUUAUAAGACUGAUCAUGAGAGCUUGCGGGGGCUCCUGUGGCGUGAGGUCAUCAUAUAUACUGAACAAAAAUUAAAGGCAAUUUCAAGGAUUUUAAUGAGUUACAGUUCAUAUAAAGGCCCUAAUCUAUGGAUUUCAUAAGACUGGGCAGGGGUGCAGCCAUGGGUGGGCCUUGGAGGGCAUAGGCCCACCCACUGGGGAGCCAGGCCCAGCCAAUCAGAAUCAGUUUCUCCCCACAAAAUGGCUUUAUUACAGCUCAUGAAACAUGGGACGAACACUUUACGUUUAUAUUUGUGUUAUUUUUGUUCAGUGUAUCACUAUCACACUGCUUGACAUGACAGGAAACAAAACGGCACGUUGGCGUCAGAGUAGUCUACUAACCUAACUUCAACCCCCUAGAGUAGACUGACCAAAUGCAGUGCAUUAUACUGAACGGACCCUGUGUAUUUAUACUACCCUAAAUCGGAUUAGCGGUCAUCCGUUUUUGGCAUCUUGCGCAGACGGCCACGGUAAGUCUCGGGGGAGGAAGCGUUCAAAUCCUCUUCCUUGCCACGCACAAGCGAACACUUAACUAGGCUACGGUGUCCUUAUAGAGAAUGCAUAUGGUUAUCUGGAAAUUCAUGUAUAGAUAGCCCAGUGUAUGUCACUUUAGGUAUAUAUAUAAUAAUACUAAUUAAACAGGCAUGGUAUUUAUAUAGUGCUUUUCAAGGACCAAAGCUGCUUUACAAUUGUAGAAAAGAACAAUGCCAGACUAAACAGUAGACAGAUUAAACAAAGAGUAGGGUUUAAGGAAAGGAUAUAGAUUACGUUUUCUGAAAAGGGGUGGUUGGGUUGACCCAUCUGGACUAAGUUUUUUCCUUGGUCCUCUGUAGCUCAGCUGGUAGAGCACGGCGCUUGUAACGCCAAGGUAGUGGGUUCGAUCCCCGGGACCACCCAUACACAAAAAAAAUGAAUGCACGCAUGACUGUAAGUCGCUUUGGAUAAAAGCGUCUGCUAAAUGGCAUAUUAUAUUAUUAUAAUGACAUUCAGUACUGAGAGGCCUUCUGCAAAGGAGAUUUUAAGGUCUAAUUUGUUUCUACCUUUCACCUAAACAGGAUACCAUUGGCCACCUGGACAAUGAUCUGCGGAACAUCAAGAACGACAUGGCUCAGCAUCUUCGAGAGUACCAGGAUCUGCUCAAUGUCAAAAUGGCUCUGGACAUUGAAAUAGCUGCUUACAGGUAAUAUCCUUCUCUCUAUACCAGGACCUGUGACCUGGUUCUGUUAGCAAAAAGUCUUACAGUGACUCCCAUUUUGGGAACAUGCCGUAGCCCUCCAUCCUCUUCCAAUAUGAAUGUUACAAUAUGUAAGUCACUAAUCACUCUCAGCUAUAAAUGUAUUGACAACAUACCCUUUGACCUGUGUUUGGUCCUCAGAAAACUGUUGGAGGGAGAGGAAACUCACUUUAGCACAGGAAUAUUAUUCGGCGCCUCAAACCAUGGCACCCGUCAUUUUGGAUAUCAGCCACGUGCCUCAAGCUCUGCACGGAGUACCAAUAAGGAGAAAGAGUCUGUUCAGAAAGAUGGCUUCAAGGAGAUCACUGAGGAAAAAGUGGAGAAGAGCGAUGAAGCAGAUAUCAACUCAAACAACUAG